UGAGGAGUGCUGGCGGGGCUACCUGCACACUCAAGUAGAUGAUGGCAAGUCUGCCGUACAGACUCGCUGUCCCCAGCACAAGUGCAGCAUGGUAGUGCCUCCGCGCUUUUUCUACGACUUCUGCGACGAGGAGAGGCAGAAGAAGUAUCAGGAGUGGCGUUUGCGAACAUAUGUGGAUGAGAAUGCGUCAGUCAAGUGGUGUCCCAACCCCGUGGGCUGUCAGUACGCCUGUGAGUACCAGGGAGUUGAGAUUGUUGAAAUUCAUUGCCAUUGCUGCUUCAUUUGGUGCUGGGCCUGUGGCGAAGAAGCUCACAAGCCCGCAAGCUGCAAGACGGUGAAUCAAUGGAAUGUCAAGAACAGCGCGGAGUCUGAGAACAUCAGCUGGAUCAGAGCUCACACGAAGAAGUGCCCAAAGUGUCACAAGCCCAUUGAGAAGAACCAGGGCUGUAACCACAUGGUCUGCUCAAAGGCUGGUGGCUGUGGCCAUGAGUUCUGCUGGCUGUGUUUGGGCGAGUGGUCAUCUCACGGGACUUCAACUGGCGGGUACUACCAGUGCAACAUUUAUGACAAGCAGUCCAAGGAGGGCAAGCACGCAGACGAGGAAAAAAGCAGGCUGAAAGCCAAACACGCCCUCGACAAAUAUAUGUUCUAUUUUGAGCGCUUUAUGGACCACGAUCGUGGCAUGAAGCUCACUGUCACAGAGGAGCAGGACAUCGAGGGGAAGGUCCAAAAGCUGCACGAUGAGCAUGGCUUCGAGAUCAUCGAGCUGCAGUUUCUCUACGAUGCGCUUCGGCAAGUUCGAGCGUGUCGGCGAGUCCUGAAAUGGACCUACGUUUAUGGUUACUAUUUGGAGGACUCCAAGGAGAAGAAUCUUUUUGAAUACUUGCAGAAGAAUCUGGAGGAGAAGACUGAUGCCCUCCACGAAAUGCUGGAGAAGGACUUCGACAAGAUAUUCUUUGACCAGGAGAACCAGCUGACCAGCGGUUCCGCGGAGGCCCACAAGAAGUUCAUGGACUUCCGUAUGACGGCCACGAACUUCACCAAUGUCACCCAGAAGUUUCUGAUACAGAUCCUGAAUGACUUAGGAUCUGACAUUGGUCUGGGCCAGAGACUGUCUUCGAGCAGUUCCAUGUGAUGUUUAAAGGCCGCAGUCUGCAGUCCCCACUGCUGAUCCCGAAGCCUCU